AACCAACCAAUCUAUCCUCUCGUGAGACUUGGCCAACCUUACCCUGACCUGGUUCGGAUCCUUAGCCCAACCAGGUAAAGCGACCGCCCCCUUCCGCUUCUUUUCCUGGCAACGACCUACGUCACGAGACCCGGGACGGUGCACCUCCUCUCCACCAUUACCGACAAAUCACCACUACUACUACCACCACCACCGCUCGUCUCAAUCCAGACCGACGGCACCCGAACUGGACAUCAACAUCUUGCCGCCGUCGUCCCUCCUUUUAAUAACUCUGGGCGACUCCCACCCCCCUCCUCUCCCUCUCCGCAAUCCCCCCCUAAACCCCGGGGGUCUCGGGCCAUUCCAGACCCUUUCUCAACUCUUCUCAGCUUGUUGUUUCUGCACACCCUGCGCCAACGUCGCGCACUUUUGACGACCAACAGCCAUACACCAUGGCAGCACAAUUAACCCCUGAUUUGCAGGACAAGCUGGAAGAGCUGGAGAAAGAGCUGCAGGAAGGCGACAUCACAGAGAAAGGAUACCAGAAGCGACGAACCCAGCUCCUCUCCCAGUUCAUGGCCCCUGGCUCGUUCGCCCCUCCAGCCGUCAACGAGUCCAGACGCGGCCUGGGCAUACACUCUCCCGACAGCUCCGGUCACCCUUCGAGCGAUGGCCACCGCGCAGCCGCUCUCGCCGCCUUGGGCGGUAGAGACUCCGAUCCCAACAGCCCGACCUCGCCCACAUCACAUCGCCCACACUCGCCCUUCGGCGGCCGAGGCUCCGCCCACGGGUCUGGUCACGGCUCCGGUCACGGCUCGACCGGCUACACAUCACCUCCAGGAUACCAGUCCCCCGGCGCCAGCUUUGUCUCUCCCGAGAUGAACCCCGCCGGUCUUCUCCGGCCUGGUGGCCCUCUUGCCGAGCACCGGCCGAACAUGAAGCACCACGACUCGCUCUUCCUGGGCUCUGCCAACGAGCCCACGACACGAUCAGGCACCAUGGUCUCCACCGACUACGCCUUCAACCCCGACCAGCAGGGGCACUACGUCGACCAUGCGCAGAACCCCUACGACAGUCGGACGGGCACGAUGCUCGAUUCGACAGGAUACUUUUCGGGAUUCACUGGUGGACAGGCGUUUGAGCCGGGACAGAACUACGACCAACAAGGCUACGACCAGGGACUCCAGGAAGAUUACGGCGGUGGACACAGAUACUCGUCAGGAGAGGCCUUCUCGCCCACGGCUGCCAUGGCGCCGCCCAUGCUCACCGCGAACGAUCUGCCCCCGCCCGAAGUGCUCGAAUACCAGAUGCCGCUGGAACCCCGCGACCUCCCGUUUGCGAUAUCCGAUCCGCACGACAGCAACACCCCGAUGUCCAAGUUUGACAAUAUGGCCGCCGUCCUGAGGCAUAGGGGAAAGACCAUGUCCAAGCUACCCGCCUACUGGGUACUUGACAACAAGGGCAAGGAAAUCGCCUCCAUCACCUGGGACAAGUUGGCGUCGAGAGCCGAAAAGGUGGCUCAGGUUAUUAGGGACAAGAGCUCGUUGUAUCGCGGUGAUCGCGUUGCCCUCAUCUACCGCGACACGGAAGUCAUCGACUUUGCCAUUGCGCUUCUCGGGUGCUUCAUAGCCGGCGUCGUCGCCGUGCCCAUCAACGACCUCCAGGACUAUCAGAAACUGAACUUGAUCCUCACGUCGACGCAGGCGCAUCUGGCCCUCACGACCGACAACAACCUCAAGGCCUUCCAGCGCGACAUAACAACUCAGAAACUGAACUGGCCCAAAGGUGUCGAGUGGUGGAAGACAAACGAGUUUGGCAGCUUCCACCCCAAGCGGAAGGACGAUGUCCCGCCGUUGACCGUCCCCGACCUGGCCUACAUUGAGUUCUCCAGGGCCCCGACUGGCGACCUGCGCGGUGUUGUCCUGAGCCACAGGACCGUCAUGCACCAGAUGGCCUGCCUGAGUGCUGUUGUUUCGACGGUACCAGGGAACGGCCCUGGCGACACCUUCAGCCGCACCCUGCGGGACAAGAAUGGCCGGCUGAUUGGUGCCGGAGCAACGAGCGAGACGCUUCUCUCAUACUUGGACCCGCGCCAGGGCAUCGGCAUGAUCUUGGGCGUUCUUCUUACCGUCUAUGGCGGCCACACGACCGUCUGGGUCGAAAACAAGGCCGUCGAGGUGCCUGGACUCUACGCCCACCUCAUCACCAAGUACAAAGCUACGCUCAUGAUUGCAGACUACCCCGGCCUGAAACGGGCAGCCUAUAACUACCAGUCGGACCCUAUGACGACGCGAAAUUUCAAGAAGGGCAUGGAGCCCAAUUUCCAGACAGUCAAGUUAUGCUUAAUUGAUACCCUGACGGUAGACGGCGAAUUUCACGAGGUCCUGGCGGACAGAUGGCUGAGGCCGCUUCGAAACCCGCGCGCUCGCGAGGUGGUCGCGCCCAUGCUGUGCCUGCCCGAACACGGUGGGAUGGUCAUCAGCAUCCGCGACUGGCUAGGAGGCGAAGAGCGAAUGGGAUGCCCCUUGAAGCUCGACAUGGGUUCCGAUAUCGAGUCCGACGUGGAAGAGAAGGAAGAGGUGAAACUGGCGCCCUCCAACGGCUUCGGCAGUCUUUUGGGAGGCGGUGGCACGACGACCACUGAACAGCGCGCUAAGAACGAACUCAGCGAGGCGCUCCUCGACAGAGAAGCCCUGAAGACGAACGAAGUCGUCGUCAUCGCCAUUGGAGACGAGGCGCGGAAACGCGCAGCCAGCGAACACGGCACCGUCCGCGUCGGCGCUUUUGGAUAUCCGAUCCCGGAUGCCACGCUCGCGGUGGUCGACCCGGAAACCGGCCUGUUGGCGUCGCCGCACUCGGUGGGAGAGAUCUGGGUGGACUCGCCUUCGCUCUCGGGAGGCUUCUGGGCUUUACCGAAACACACGGAGCAGAUCUUCCACGCUCGUCCCUACAAGUUCGAUCCUGGCGAGCCGACGCCGACGGUCGUCGAGCCCGAAUUCCUACGGACCGGAUUGCUCGGCACCGUCAUCGAGGGGAAGAUCUUCGUGCUGGGCCUGUACGAGGACCGCAUCCGUCAGAAGGUCGAAUGGGUCGAACACGGCACCGAGGUCGCGGAGCACCGCUACUUCUUCGUCCAGCAUCUCGUCGUCAGCAUUGUCAAGAAUGUGCCCAAGAUAUACGACUGCUCUGCCUUUGACGUCUUCGUCAACGAGGAGCACCUCCCUAUCGUGGUUCUGGAGUCACCGGCCGCGUCCACGGCGCCUCUGACGUCCGGUGGGCCGCCGAGACAGCUCGACACGGCUCUCCUCGAUUCGCUCGCCGAGAGAUGCAUGGACGUCUUGAUGCAGGAGCACCACUUGAGACUCUACUGCGUCAUGAUCACGGCGCCGAAUUCUCUUCCAAGAGUAGUGAAGAACGGACGUAGGGACAUUGGGAACAUGCUUUGCCGAAGAGAGUUCGACCUGGGUAACCUGCCCUGCGUCCACGUCAAGUUCGGCGUCGAGCACGCGGUCCUGAACCUGCCCAUCGGCGUCGAUCCCAUCGGAGGCAUCUGGUCGCCCAUCUCGUCCGAUUCCCGUGCCGAUAUUCUCAUGUCGUCUGACAAGCAAUACUCGGGCAUCGACCGAAGGGAAGUCGUCAUUGACGAUCGCACCUCGACACCGCUCAACAACUUCUCAUGCAUCACCGACCUCAUCCAAUGGCGUGUGGCCCGUCAACCCGAGGAGCUGGCUUACUGCACCAUCGACGGCCGCGGCCGAGAAGGCAAGGGCGUCACCUGGAAAAAGUUUGACACAAAGGUCGCCGCCGUGGCGUUGUAUCUGAAGAACAAGGUCAAGGUGCGCCCCGGCGACCACUUGAUCCUGAUGUACACGCACUCGGAAGAGUUCGUCUACGCCGUCCAUGCCUGCAUCAACCUGGGCGCCAUCGUCAUCCCGCUGGCCCCUCUGGACCAGAACCGACUUAACGAAGACGUGCCGGCCUUCUUGCACGUCGUUGCCGACUUCCGCGUCAAGGCUAUCCUAGUCAACCACGAGGUUGACCACUUGGUCAAGUUGAAGCUGGUAUCGAACCACGUCAAGCAGGCGGCGUCCAUUCUCAAAAUCGCCGUCCCCAACUACUACAACACCACGAAACCACCCAAGCAGAGCAACGGGUUGCGAGACAACGGCAUCAUGAUGCAACCCGCCUGGAUCCAGUCAGGCUACCCUGUGAUUAUCUGGACGUACUGGACCCCCGACCAGCGCCGGAUCGCCGUCCAGCUGGGACACGAUACCAUCCUGGGCGUGUGCAAGGUGCAGAAGGAAACGUGCCAGAUGACGAGCUCCCGUCCCGUCCUCGGAUGCGUGCGUAGUAGUACGGGUCUGGGAUUCAUCCACUCAUGCCUGAUGGGCAUCUACAUCGGCACGCCGACCUACCUGCUGUCGCCAGUCGAGUUUGCGCAGAAUCCCAUGUCCCUGUUUGUGACUCUUUCUAGGUACAAGAUCAAAGACACCUACGCGACGCCGCAGAUGCUGGACCACGCCAUGGCCACGAUGCAGGGCAAGGGCUUCACGCUCCACGAGCUCAAGAACAUGAUGAUCUCGGCCGAGAGCCGCCCGCGAGUCGACGUCUUCCAGAAGGUGCGGCUACACUUCGCCGCCACUGGCCUUGACAGAACCGCCAUCAACACCGUCUACUCGCACGUCCUCAACCCCAUGGUCGCUUCGCGGUCCUACAUGUGCAUCGAGCCCAUUGAGCUCUGGCUCGACACCAAGGCACUGCGACGAGGCCUCAUUUACCCCGUCGAUCCCGAACAAGAUCCGAAGGCGCUCCUGCUCCAGGACUCGGGCAUGGUGCCCGUGUCGACGCAGAUCGCCAUUGUCAAUCCCGAGAGCCGGCUGCUCUGCCACGACGGCGAGUAUGGCGAGAUCUGGGUCGACUCAGAAGCAUGCGUCAAGGGCUUCUACGGCUCCAAAGAUGUCUUUGACGCGGAACGAUUCGACGGCCGUACAGUCGACGGCGACCCCAGCAUCCAGUAUGUCCGCACGGGAGACUUGGGUUUCUUGCAUAACGUGAGCAGGCCCAUCGGCCCUGGCGGCGCGCAGGUUGACAUGCAGGUCCUGUUCGUUCUUGGUAACAUUGGAGAAACGUUUGAAAUCAAUGGUCUCAGCCAUUUCCCCAUGGAUAUCGAGGCCUCUGUGGAACGAUGCCACCGAAACAUCGUCACUGGCGGAUGCGCCGUCUUCCAAGCCGGCGGCCUCGUUGUCGUCCUCGCCGAGAUCACUCGCAAGGCCUACCUCGGCUCCGUCGUUCCGGUCAUUGUCAACGCCAUCCUCAAUGAGCACCAGAUCAUUGUCGACAUCGUGGCAUUCGUUAAUAAGGGCGACUUCCCUCGGUCUCGCCUUGGCGAGAAACAGCGCGGAAAGAUUCUGGCCGGAUGGGUCACGCGCAAGAUGCGCACUCUUGCCCAGUUCGCCAUCAGAGAUAUGGACCCCGCCAGCCUUGUCGGCGGCGAUCCUGGUACGGCGGAUGGAUCCGACCCUCACCGUGCUUCCAUCGGCAGCCAGAGAAGUGCGGGCGGCCCAGCCCCUGGCUCUUCGAGUCUGCGAAAUGUCGAGCACGCGCCCCAGAUCCUGGAACAAGAGGAGUUCCAGAACCAGGUCGGACACAUGGCCUCUCUUCCUCAACACGGCCAUGACGGCAUUGCUGAGAUGCCCGGUGACGAGGGACCUUUAUACGCACAGCAAGGGCAAGUCAACGCGCCUUCGGGUAACGAUUACGUCCUGCCAGACUUUGAUCACUUCGGUCAUGAUGACCGCCCGCCGCCCGUGGGUGCGAAGCCCGGCCCGGGACAGCCCACGCCGCAGAUCAAGCUCCCGGGCGUCGAAGGCCGAGAAAACACAGACAUGUGGAACAGCCAUAAGGGAGGUGGACAAGACGACGAGGACUGGACGGCUCAGGCUUUGAUGCACAUGAACCUCGCCAACGACUUGGAUAGAAAACAUGGCCAGUCCUAAAAGCGCAAAGGGCUUGGACGCCUGGUCGACGUUGGCGUUCUUCUUUGUAAAAGUCACUUCCCCACUUUGGGAGGCAAGAUGCGGCGUCUUGAUACGGAUACCUUGGUUGCGGCAUAUGAUGUAGUGUUGGAUAGAGGAUUCCCCUUGCAUACCUCGAGAGAUCAUUGAUAAUUCAGUAUUGUUUUUCCGA